AUGCGCUACACCCUCAUUCAGCUCGUAUCGCGCUUCGAAAUCAGCAGACGCGCCAAGGAGGAUGCGCUAGAAAAACGGGCGAAGAAGAACCGCACGGGUCUUGCGAGGGCGACCUUUGCAAGUCCAGACUGCCAGCCUUGCGAUGCAUGUUUACGCAAGGCUGCAGUAGUCAUGCUGCUCCACGGGGCGGCCUCCUCAGCCCUGGUCACCGGUCUUCUGAUGACCCUUCCCAUCAUGAGUCGCCGAGCAUUCCUUCAAGAGGCUGCUCGAAAGUUGCGUGUGAGGAGGAAGAGAGAACGAAGGAGGUGGGAGGUCGACGACUUUACGGAGUAA